AUGAAGAAAAUCAGCUGGAUUAGGAAGAACUGGCUACUUGUGGCUGGACUCACCUUUGUUGGUGUUCAUUUGGGGACCUACCUUGUACAAAGAGCUGCAAAGUCCUCUGCUAAAUCAGGGUUGGACAUUAAAUCAAAAGGUCUUGAUGAAUGACCCCAUUUCUGCCAACAUCAUACAGACCACACAUAUAGCGAUUUUGUCAAAUAUCGGAUAAAAACGGCUGUGUCCAUACGCUUUGCCUUGACCACAAAAGAAUGCAGCAGCCUUGUUCUCGCUUGUGUGUAUAUCAUUCAUUAAAAAGCAGUUUAUAGACAUGA